CUAAAUUCAAAAUUUUCAAACAGCUGAGGAGCGUGUGGUGUGAGAGAGAGUGCGGAAACACUUUUACUCCCUCAGCAGGCUAAUAAAGAAUAAAAACAAAGAGGAUUGUACUUUAAUACAAGCUUAUCGUAGUGUAUAUCAGGAUGGACCCAUUCACGGAGAAACUGUUAGAGCGCACACGUGCUCGUAGAGAAAAUCUACAGAGGAAGAUGGCAGAGAGACCAACGGCGGCCAACCGUCCAAUGGCUAAAAGGACAAGGGAGCCACUUACAGACACAAACAGUGUCAAAAGUGAGCCGACCAUUGAAAAAGCACUUCCCUCUUCCAAGCCAUCCCCCUCAAAGCGUCGCUGUUCAGAUGAAAAUACCCUCCUUUCUGGAGAAGAAAAUAAACAACCAGUGGCCCCGCAAAUGACAGCAUCUGAGCCUAUGACAGACAAGAAGCCCCCCCUGGUUCCAAGCAGUGUUCGUCCCAUGCCUGUGGAGCAAAGGUCUGCUCGUUGUACACCAGAACCAGAAGUGCUGCCCACUCGACCUCCUCCAGACACUGAAAAGAUGAUGCGCACACAUCAAUUUCCAGCAAAAAGCACAGAUAGUGUAAUGAAGCACGCUGCUCUAGAUGGAGCCAAAGAGGCACAGAAAGAUGCACCAACCCCAGGCCUCUCCAACAUGAGAUCUCGUCUACUAAGACUGGCUGAGCAAAGGCAUUACUGGGACUCUGAGGGGACCUCAGAAACAGUCCCAGAGAACGUAGUUUUAUCUCCUCUGAAGUCUCAUAAAGUUGAUCUCCCUCCUGCUUCCCCAACAAACUCCGAGUUCCCCGUUGGAAGAAAGGGUAGACUGGCAAACCUUGCUGCCACGAUCGGUUCCUGGGAAGAUGACCUUGGACACCCGCCCACUCGCCGGGACAAUGCACAAGCACAGCCUGGCAUGGCCUUUGUGCGCCCUCCUGUCAGUACAGUGACUAGUAACAGUACCAAGCCAAGUCCUGCUGUGGAACGACCUCAGACUGCCCAACCAGCUCCACAAAAGUCUGUUGCCAGCAGUCAGCAGCCAACAGUUUACUCUCCAGUCAAGUCAACUAGAGUGGUUCCACCUAGUCCUCAGAAGACAGAGUUUCCUCAGCCCAGACUGGCUCAAGCAGAUCCUUCUCCAGUUUCUAGCCCACUAAAGAUGUAUCCCUCCAGUCCACUUAAAUCUUUGACCGCAUCUCCCUCCAGUCCCCACAGAGGUUACGUCUCUCAGAGCCCCCUGAAGAACCAGGGCCCAUCUAAAUUGAGUUCUGGAGCAGCACUUAAUUCAAGCCCUACAAAACCAGUUUUGGCACCUAAACCCUCUUCUACUGCUGAUGUUUCUGUCAUACAUCAGACUCGUGAGAGGUUUACCAAGGACACCACACCCUUACAGCACAGAGGACCAGCUGGAACUACUGUAGGUGUCAAAUCAUUUUUGGAGCGUUUUGGAGAAAGGUGCCAGGAGCGCAACCAGAACUCUCCCUCCGCAUUAGGAGGUCGAGGACACACACCUGUGGCUACUCCCUCUGCCACCCCCAAGUCCAGGCUGCUCCAGGAGAGGCUGGGGUGCACCCAGGCCACCUCCACUACAGCCGUCCUCGCUCAGAAGCAGAAAAUGGAGCGAGAGGCAGAGCUGGCACAAAUUCGUAAUCGAUUUCAAAAAGGCAACAAGUUGAGGAGCAGAGAGGAUCUCAGUGAGGUCAAGAAUGACCCAGAAAACAAGGAAAUUGAACUGUCUGUACAGAGUCAGACUUCUGCGCUGGUGCCUGAAGUACUCGACAGUCCAGCUGAAUCUAGUUCAAAAGGUAAGGAAUGUGCUUUUCCAAGCCCUGGAAAGGAAGAGGAAUUUACAGAAAAGAUGCCUAUGGUGAAAGAGCAAGAAGAAGUGAAAGAAAUAGAUGAAGUGUGUGAGAUAGAGAUGAACGUGGAUGGCUCAGUUAACUCUGAGGUGAUAAAUGAGCUGUUUGAUGGAGUCCUGGAUGAGAGUGAGGAACAAAGUGAUGAGGAGGAUGCAAAUGAAGAUGCUCUGAAUAUCUCCUCCAUGUCUCUCCUUGUUCCACUCGCAGAGACUGUGGCAGCUGUGGUCAAGAGCCCAGAAAGAAUUCCUAUGACAUCGACUCCUGCCAGCUCAUUUAUUGAGAAGAAUUCCACCCCUGAGAGUGUAUCCAGACCCAGUAAGUUCCAAAGGACACGCAUGUUACGAGCUGGAUCAUCUGACAGCAUCGAUGUCGCAGAUGAGCAGCAAAACCAGAACCUUCCCUACAGCAUUGAUGCCUACAGAUCCACAAGAAUUAAGACUAAGACAGAGAGACCUCAUGUUAAACAGGUGAUAGUGAGGAAAGAGGAUGUGUCUCAGAGAAUGGAGACCAAUGGGAGCUCAAGUCACAUCAACAUCAAGCAAAAAAUAAAGAUGUUGACCAAUGAGAUGAACCUGCAGCAGACAGUGAUCCAUCAGGCUAGUCAGGCUCUCAACUGCUGCACAGAUGAAGAUCAUGGGAAAGGAUCUCAAGUGGAGGCUGAGGCUGAGAGACUGCUGCUAAUUGCCACUGAAAGGAGGGCCGCUCUUAAGGCUGAACUGGACCGGCUAAAAGGAGACGGUACAACAGCGCAAAAGAAAAGCACAAGCAGUGCCCAAGUGGAUAUGGGUAUUCCUGCUUCUAAAGGGUCCAUCUCACUGCUGGAGCUGCGACUCCCUCUGAAGGCUGACUUUAUCUGUUCUUCUGCCAACAAGCCUGAGUGUGGAAACCAUUACUUCUUUGUGAUGAUCCGUGCUGGAGCGGAGAACACUGCGACGACUCCUCUGGCAAGCGCACGCACUGGUCUUAGUGGCGAUGCUUUGACCUUCUCCACCAAAUUCACUUUGUCUGAUGUCUCUAAUGACUUUGAGAUUGAUAUUGAGGUCUACUGUUUAGUUCAGAAAAGGGAGCUGAACCCUGAGAAGAGGAAAAAGCUCAAGUCAAAGGUUAUCACACCAAAAAGGUUCCUUGCUAUCUCUAAGAGCAACCUCCAAACACCUGUUGUGGCAAGCCCCGGUGGUCCAAACUCAGUUCGCACCAGUAGCUUCGUACUUGUCGGAUCACACAAGCUAACUCUUGCCUCUAUUGGGAAAAACAAAUUCCUGUUGGAGAAGGUACCUUUCCUUUGUCCUUUGGAGGGGCAUGUUUACCUGAAGAUGCAGUGCGAGGUUGGCUCACGGAUAGAGGAAAGAGGCUUCCUGACUAUGUUUGAGGAUGUCAGUGGAUUUGGAUCAUGGCACAGGAGGUGGUGUGUCCUUUCAGGAUACUGCAUCUCUUUUUGGACCUACCCUGAUGACGAAAAACGAAAGAAUCCAAUUGGUCGCAUUAACCUUGCCAACUGUACCAGUCGUAAAGUGGAGCCAGCAAACAGAGAGUUCUGUGCUCGGCCCAAUACCUUUGAGCUCAUCACUGUGAGACCACAAAAAGAGGAUGACAGAGAGACUCUGGUCAGCCAGUGCAAGGACACACUGUGUGUUACAAAGAACUGGCUGAGUGCCGACACUAAGGAUGAGAGGAAUCUGUGGAUGCAGAAGCUCAACCAGAUCUUGAUAGACCUGCGCACUUGGCAGCCAGAUUCAUGUUACAAACCCAUGUAAGCCUGCUCUCAUCGGGCACCAAGGGCCAAAAGUAUCCUAGUCUGACUUUCGCAUAGACUGUGUAUAUGUCUGAUUUGGAAGUGCAAUAUGGCAUCACAGUUACGCAGUGUUAACAGGUGCAUUUUACAAGUUUGUUAAAAGCCAUACAUUUAGAGACAUGUAAAUUAAACUACAAAAUGCUUUGCCUUUCAAGGGUAUUCAUGUAUGUUUUUGAUACUUUUGUCUGAGUAAUUUAGCAAGGAUUGCUUAAAGACUAAUGAAAGUUUGUUUGCUUUGUUAGACUGUCAAUUUGUUUACGCAUAUUUAAAUGUCUUUUGCAUGACUGCUGUGUGCUGAGGUACCUGCUGUAGUCAGAUAUCUCAGAAUAUUUGUUGAGCAAGAGAGGAGGUAGUGUCUGACUCUUUAAAUGAUCCACACAUUUAAUGUCAGUACUUUCUGGUAACCAAUUUCAUUUUCAUAUUAAGUACUGCCAAAACCCAUGAUCAGUUUUUAUAUUUGCUGUGAUAGGGAUGACUUAAUGUUUUUGCUCAUCUGUCACUGGAUUUAGAAAUUUAUUUGAAUAAGAUUGUUUGGGAUUUGUUUGGAUUAGAGUUAUGAAAAUGGAGAAAUUUAUAUUUAUAUAUCAGUUUCUUGAAGUACACAGUGGAGAGCUCACUUAGAUAAUGAAAAGGAAUGGAUUUU